UUCUCCCACAGCUGUUUCUCAUCUCACUCUCGUUCUUGAAACUUGAGCUAAUCUGAAACAAACAUAUACCCUUAAAACAUUGAACUCUGAGAUCACAAAAUCCACCACCCUAAGAAAGAAGAUGAAGAAGCAGCAACAAAGUAGAGCUCAAUUCUUGUGCCUAUGUUUCUUUGUGCUGGUUGUGUUUGGUUCCAUUGAAAAAGGCAAUGGAGCAGAUGAUUUGGCUACCAAGUGUGCGCAAGUGAUUCAGAAAGUGAUUCCAUGUUUGAACUUCGCGACAGGGAAGGCACCAGAACCAACAAAAGAAUGCUGCGAUGCAGCUACGAAUAUAAAGGACACUGCCCCUGUGUGCUUGUGCUACAUCAUUCAACAGACUCAUAAGGGUAGCCCAGAAAGCAAAAGCAUGGGUAUUCAAGAGGAUAAGCUCCUUCAACUCCCUUCUGUUUGUAAGGUCAAAAACGCCAACAUCAGUGACUGUCCCAAACUUCUGGGACUAUCUCCAAAUUCCCCCGAUGCUGCUAUCUUCACAAAUGCUUCAAAGGCAACUCCUGCAACCGCAGUCCCAGAAACUUCGACCCCACCGAGCCCAAAUGGUUCGUAUGGAAGUAUGCUUAGACCUCCUAUGAUUGCCGAAGUGAUGGCGGUGGCUUUGGCCAUUGUUGUUGUUGCAAUUCCAACCACAUUUGUCAGCAUAUACACAUGAUGGGGGAUUGAAUGCUUCACCUAAUUACUAAGCUAGUUGGGUGUGUGUUGCAUCUGUUUUCUUUAGGACUUUGCAACCUUAGAAUUAAAUUGGUUUGCAUCUAUGGCCUGUUUUGGUUUCUCGAAUUUUGGGACCUGAUUGCCUUUAAUUUCCCUUUAUCGUUGACUUGUUUCUUUUCUGCUGCUUCCUAUAAUUAAUAUAAUAGAUCACUGGUGAAAAU